AUGCGGAAGCUCGGCGUAUUUCCAUCGGAGAGGGAACUUCCGGCCACAGCCUGGUACACCAGCAGGGACACUCAGACACCUUACUACGAAAUACUCAGCACACUGCAGUACUUCAGUAUGCAGUACAGUUUCUUCACUGCGGUGGGUCCAGACUUGCUCUUUGUAUCCAUAAUAAUCCACGCAGCAGGUCAAUUGGAGGUUCUCAACGCUAGACUGAGACGUGUUGGGAAAAUGAAUGGAAACCGCAGCACUGCACAGCAGAAGACAGAGCAGGAACUUUCGCUCGAAGUUUCCAGCGGCGAGGUGAUGUGGAGAUAUCUCUGCAGCUGCAUCGAGCACCAUCAGGACGUCAUAGAGCUAAUUAAAGAAGUCGAAAGGCUUGUGAGCAAAACAGUUCUCCUUCAGUUCAUGGGAGCUACUGUCAUCAUUUGCGUCACACUCUACCAAAGUUCUACGAAUACCGAGAACAUUGCAGCGCUCUUGAUGCUGCAAGGAUACUUAGGACUCAUCAUGUACGAAGUAUUCAUGUAUUGCUGGUACGCUGAAGAUAUAUUAUAUCAGAACUCUCGACUUGCUGAGUCCGCCUACUCGUGCGGGUGGCCUGGCGCACCUAUGAAGCUGCAGCGCGCGUUGGUGAUCGUCAUCUGCAGGACGCAGAAGCCACUCGGAUUGACGGCCGGCAAAUUCUACUACGUAUCGCGAGAGACGUUUGUCCGGUUGAUGAGUGCUUCGUAUUCUUACUACGCUCUCCUCCGCCAGGUGAACGACAAAUGAAUGGGAAAUACGUAUCAUCACACGUAACUAGGUGGUCAGAUCAGCAGUAAAACCAUCUCAGUAAUGAGUAGUGUACUUCAAACCAACAUUGAUUGAAUAUCGGUUGGGGAACGAUAAACAUAAAUGGAAAUACUCAAAGUUCAUUAGCCUAAAUAAGUGAAACAACUUUUCACUUCAUUGUUGUGUGCGUUCGAUCUCAGUACUUUUUAUUUUGUCAUCAGAAGAAAGCAACGAAGCCACUGUAAAUUCGGAAAUAUAUU